AUGUUGGGUUGCAGCGACAGCCGAGUGGCGCCGGGCACCAUUUGCGGUCUUCCUCCUGGCAGCCUCUUCGUACACAGAAAUAUCGCCAACCUCGUGAACAACGUGGACGUCGCCGCCAUGAGCGUGAUCCAGUACGCCGUCGGGAUCCUUCAGGUGCAGCACAUCGUGGUGUGCGGCCACUAUGACUGCGGUGGCAUCAACGCCGCAGUGCGGAAUGAUGACCACCCGUCGCCACUGGCGAACUGGCUCCGCAACAUCCGCGAUGUGUACCGGAUGCACCGAGAGGAGCUUAGUAGCAUCCAGGACCAGGAAGUGAGGGCCAGGCGCCUGGUGGAGAUCAACGUCAUCGAGCAGGCGAUCAACCUCUACAAGACGCGCAUUGUCCAGCAGCGUCGCAUUGAGACCUACCAGAACUUGGAGGAGCACGGCUUCGUGCAACCCAAGAUCCAUCCCUGCGUCUAUGAUCCGGCCACUGGCAAGUUGGUUCGAUUGGAUGCCCGGGCCUGA